AGAAAUUGUGCAGAAAUUUAACAAAUUUGUCGCUUUCUAGCUCAUAAACAUGGCUAAAAUUAUUAAAGCGUCCACAGGUCUGACCGGCCUCGCCGUGUCCACCAAUCCCCACCACACGCUGUGCGCGCUCUAUGGCAAGAUCCUGCGUGCAGUGGCCAAGAUGCCACAGGAAGCCAGCUACCGCAAGUACACGGAACAGCUGGUCAAGCAGCGUGCCGAUGCCGUGGCCAACAACAAGGACAUUGUCGCUCUCGAGAAGGCUGUCGGAUGCGGUCAGGUGGAGGAGUUGAUUGUGCAGGCAGAGAACGAACUGGUGCUGGCACGCAAGAUGCUUGGCUGGAAGCCCUGGGAGAAGCUGUCCCAGGCUGCGCCCGCCAAGCAGUGGGACUGGCCACCAGCCCAGAUCCUGGAGCCCAAAGUUUAGGCUUCUUUUAUCCCAUUAUAUAGUACUAAUUAAUCUAUUUUGGAGUGCCAGUGCCGCUAGCAAUGACAUCGUUCCAAGCCUUGUUGACAGAAAAAUGAAUUGUAAACCGCAAUAAAUCUGUUGAUUGUGGAUUUGACUGAUAAGCCAGCCAGCCCCACACAUUUCAACCUAA